UGUGUUUUGGUGCAGCAAUCAUGGAGAGUGAUUUCCUUGAAAGUAUAGUAAACCAGUUGAUAGACGAGGAGGCCCUUGGGGUCUGUUUCGAGCUACACAGAGCCAUCAAACUAGGCUAUUACGACCUCUUACACCCCGACAAAAACUCCUUGGAGAGGCACGAAGUUAUAGAUGAGCCUGGACUGGAUGUGUUUGGUAAUAAUGUACAAUCAUUUAGGAAGCCAGUGGAAUGUGUUUGUCCAUCCUGCCAGAGAACACUAGGUGCUUCAAAAUUUGCUCCUCAUUUGGAGAAGUGUUUAGGGAUGGGCCGUACCAGCUCAAGACUAGCACAUAAGAAGACUCCAGUCUCAGUUGAGAGUGAAGAAGAACACUCGGAGGAUAAUGAAGAUGACUGGACUUAUCCUGAAAAGAAAUCAAAAAAGAUGAAAAGAGAGAAGCCUUUAUUUCCAUCUCUUCCUUCAAACGGUCGAAGUAAAGUAUCUGUGAAAACGGCUAGUGGGAGAGAUGGUGGUUAUCAAAGCAAUGGAAGUGUCAGCAGUCAUAACAAUCCUCCAAUAGAAACUGCAUCAAAGCAACACACGAUUGCUUCAUUUAGCAUUCUAUUACCUGACCAAAAGCAGUAUUUGUUGCAGCAAAUGUGUGGAGUAGUAUCAGAGAGAACAGGAAGGCUAUGUACAAGAACUGUCAAGUGUCCUCAACAUUCAGAAGAAGACAGGAGAGAAAUUAGGCGCAUACUUUUAGAUUCACCACAAACUGUUGAGGUCAGUGGUGGAAUCCAUCACUCACUGGAGCAGUCAAACUCAUCACCUUCAAUAAACUAUGUGGAAGACUCACCAAUAAAAGAUAAAUUCAUGAGUGAUGAGUUGCAUCAUAGACCACAGCAACACACACGAAGCAAGAAAAAAGAUGGAGGGAGCAAGAAGCAUAGAAGAACUCACCAGGCACAAUACUAAUCCUCCUUUCCUCCCUCUCUCUAUACCUCUAUACCUCUCGUGUAUGAUAGUAUGAUAAGUGUAGUUCUGCUGACUGUCUACAGGGCCAGUCAGGGUAAUAUUAUACGACUGGAUGUGUAAUAAAAUAUGUAUGAUAUAGUAAUUAUCAAGGUGUUAUUAUGAUCUAAGUGUUUCUCAUGAUCAAAGUA